GCAUUCCCACAUUGGCUGUGUGUGCAACCAACUUCUCCAGGGCGCUUUGCGGGACUCCAUAGCCGAACAUGGGGUUCAGUUCUGUCACCGUUUGCGUAAAGUCACCGUGAAAAGAGACAAAAAAAGAGGAUGGAAGAGCGCUUCUGAUUCAGGAUAAAGUGUCGGUUUUCUGUGAAGAAUCAAGUCAUCUCCAUCCGAGUGCGUCUGCCAGAGAGAAAGAGAAAAAGAGAGAGACAGAAGGGAGGUUUUACUGGAAACUCUCCGUGAGCUCCUCCAAGGACUCUGGGGAAAAAAAGUCAGAAAGUUUCAUGCUGAAUUCUGCUGCGUUAACCUGAGGUCCUGGGGUCAUCAGGGCCAUCCACCACCCUCUCAAUUCCCUGCAUGGGUCCAGGGUGUAAGGGGAGCAGCAGGCCUCAGAGCUCCAAUGCCAGUGGACAUGCAGCCACACCAGGGGCUGUAUCACUAUGAGACCUCCCCCAGCCAGCCCUCCAGAGGACUAGUUCCAUCAGACCAGUCUCCCUACGGUGAUGUGUCCUCGCUCCGCGCCCCUCUCCUCAACGGCCCUCCUCAGGACUGCCGCACCAUGUACAAUCCAAUGACUCCCAGUAUGACUCAUGGAUCAGGACCAGGACAGGGGAUAGGCCAUUGCAUGGAUCAAUAUAUGAGGCCUCCUCAGGCCCCACCGCCACACAGUAUGAUGGGCCACAGGGGCAUGCAGCCCACAGAGGGUGGCAAUAUCACCCCCUACUGUAACCAGAGCAACAUGAUGUCCUCUCAUCAUAACUUCUGCCAGAUUCAGCCAGGCUCUGAUCCGAUGGGCUCAGUGGAUGGCUCUAGGUUCUCUACACCUCGUUCCAUACUGAAGCUAAGCAAAAAGAGAGCUCUUUCCAUCUCACCCCUGUCUGAUGCCAGUGUUGACCUGCAGACGGUGAUUAGGACAUCACCCAACUCCCUGGUGGCCUUUGUCAACUCUCGCUGCAACCCCAAUGGUGCCAGUUCUUAUGGUCAUCUCUCCGUGAGCGCUAUGAGCCCCUCCCUUGGCUACUCCAGCAAUAUUAACUGUCAGUCCAGGCAACAAGGUUCCAUGUAUGGAGGAGGUGUGGGGACACCUCUGGGUGGACACACACCAGGUCCCUGCCAAGCAUCCCGCUUACCUCCUCACAAUCCUCGGCUUCAUGCUCCACCCAAGCAUGGACAUCUAAAGACAGAGCCAGGACUGGGAGGUGUGAUGGAUGGCAUGAAUGUAAAAAGCCUGGAAGAGAGGUCAGAGGGAGAUGUGGCAAGUCCUUCUUCCACUGGCACUCAGGACCCUCUUAUGGGCCUACUGGAUGGCAGAGAUGACUUGGACAAGGAGGAUGGGAAGCAGGAGCAAGAGGCCAUCUAUGAAACCAACUGCCACUGGGAGAGCUGCAGCAAGGAAUUUGACACUCAAGACCAGCUAGUUCAUCACAUCAACAAUGAGCACAUCCAUGGGGAAAAGAAGGAGUUUGUGUGUCACUGGCAGGAGUGCUCUCGAGAGCAGAGGCCUUUCAAAGCACAGUAUAUGCUGGUAGUUCACAUGCGUAGACACACAGGAGAGAAGCCACAUAAGUGCACUUUUGAAGGCUGUAAUAAGGCUUACUCUCGCCUGGAGAAUUUGAAGACCCAUCUGCGGUCACACACUGGAGAGAAACCUUAUGUGUGUGAACACGAGGGCUGCAACAAAGCCUUCUCCAAUGCCUCAGACCGGGCCAAGCACCAGAACCGAACUCACUCCAAUGAGAAACCUUAUGUAUGCAAGAUCCCAGGUUGCACUAAACGGUACACAGAUCCAAGCUCCUUGCGUAAACAUGUGAAGACAGUGCAUGGCCCUGAAGCCCACAUCACUAAGAAGCACCGUGGAGACACAGGACCCCGACCUCCAGGUUCAGCUAUGGCCGCUGGAGGCCAGGAAUCCGAACUGCUGCUGGAGAAAUCGGAGACACGCAGGGAAGACUGCAAACUGUUGGCUCCUGAGUCCACUUUGAAAUCCCAGCCAAGCCCUGGUGGUCAGUCAUCCUGCAGUAGCGAACGUUCUCCACUAGGGAGCGCCAACAACAAUGACAGUGGGGUUGAGAUGAACCUGAAUGCAGCAGGCAGUCUAGAGGAUCUCACUGCACUGGAGGAUGGAGUUUCAGGUGGAGGAGGAGGGGAACCAGGAAGUGUUGGAACAAUGGGAAUGUCUGCACAGGCUUUGAAGAGGCUGGAGAACCUAAAGAUUGACAAGCUGAAGCAAAUCCGUAGGCCAGCACCUCCUUCCCGUUGUUCCAGUAACAAGUUACCUGCACUUCCUGGUCCAGGGGAGAAUAUUGGAAUGUGUGCACCUUCUCCGCUCCUCUCAAACAGACGAGUUAUGGAACUGUCCAAUCACGACCUAGGAGUUGGGCCUUCAAUUGGCUGCAAUUCUAAUGACCGGAGAGGAAGUGGCACCAGCAGCCUGAGCUCUGCAUAUACUGUAAGCCGUCGUUCCUCCAUGGUUUCUCCAUAUCUGUCCAGCCGGCGCUCCAGUGACGUCUCACAAAUGGGAGGACCAGCAGGGGGAGGGUGUCACCUACUCAGUCCAGAGCAGAGUGCGGGAGAUCCCCUUUCUCCUGAGACCAAUCGCAGAGGAGCCCCAUGUCCUGGUGGAGCAGGAGGAUUGCCUGGUCUUCCAAAUUUAACACCUGCCCAGCAAUACAGCCUAAAGGCCAAAUAUGCUGCAGCAACCGGUGGACCACCACCAACUCCUUUACCCAAUAUGGAGCAGACAGGUACACAAGGCAGGAGAGGAGGUAUUCUGAGUGAAUACCAGGGCCAGCCUCUUCCUCCUUUCCUUCAACAAGUUGGUCCAAGAAGGCACAGUGCCAACACAGAGUAUGGAACUGGCGUUAUCUACCCUCACCAAGCUCCGGGAAACAACAGUAGGCGAGCCAGUGACCCUGUCAGAUCAGUAGCAGAUCCACAAGCCCUCCCAAAGCGCUUCAAUAGCCUUAACAAUGUGGCCUUGAUGAGCCGAAGGAAUGCGCUCCAGCACCGUGGCUCCGACACCAGCCUUUCUCGUCACUUGUACUCGCCACGUCCACCCAGCAUUACGGAAAACGUAAUGAUGGAGGCUAUGGGUAUGGAGCCACACAUAGCUUCAGUUGAUGCCAGGGAUCGUUCCAUGAUGAUGCCUCCCGGAGAGAGGAAUUUCAUGGGAUACCAGCAACAGCAUCAAACUCUAGGAGGAGAUGGAGGUGGCGGCCCUCAUUUAAAUCAAUUGUCCCCAAGCCAUGACUCUUUGACCUGUCCAGACCAGGCUUACAUGCAGGCUCAUUACCAGAACCAGGGAGCAGAAGCCACUUCAAGAGCUGGUGGAAAUACCAUUGGCCAAGCAAGGUCUAUUCACUCAGAAGGCAUGUCAAAUACACUUCUCCAACAGGCUGAGUACAGUAUGAGUACCUGUCAGCUCAGUCCAUCAGGCCCACAUUACCCUAGUCUAGGCCAGGGUGGUGAUACUGGAGGUCCUUGGAGUGACAACCAAAACCAAAUUCAAACUUCCAGCCAUUCUAUCCAGAACCCACGAGGAAUGCAGUAUUCAGAUCCCAGCCUGCAGCCUCAACAAACACAGCCCCACUACAACAAUCAGACAAGCAUCUACAACAGCCCUGAUGGAACCCACAAACUCGUCAUCAAGCCAGAGCAGCAGUUCCACCCAGGGAUGGGGGUUGGGGAUGCCUGUCAAAAUGCUAAGCUCCAACAGCAGCGAAUGCUCCUUCAACAAACUCAGGGUUACCCACAACAAACAGGCCAGGUUAUGAUGAGGAACUCUAACAAUCCCAGCUGUAACUUUCCAGGGAACCCAAACUCAUUUGUUGGUGGAGGGGGCUUAAGCUUGGGCUGUGCCGGCACUGCGCUUUCAGAUGGACAGAGGUCAGAAACGCCUAUGAUGCAGGUAAAGGAGAUGAUGGUGAGGAACUAUGUUCAGUCCCAGCAAGCUCUCAUGUGGGAGCAGCAACAAGAACAGCAGCAACAGCAGCAGCAGCAGCCAAGUGGAAUAAAACCUCCUCCAUUAUCUGAUAACAUGGAUAUGAGUGCCCAGUCUGCAAUGAUGCAGCACAGUCCACAGCACCAAAACCAGAAUCUAUACCCUAGCCAGUCCUAUCAAAGCUACCCCAACCAGAAUCUGGUCAUGAGCCCUCCAGCUCACACCAGAGGGCCCAGCUCUGUGACACCUAAAGAGCAGCAGCUGACGGGUCUCCAAGGCUCAUGUUACGGCCAGGAAAUGGUGGUCCCAAGGCCUCCUCAGGGACGGAAACCUCUCAGUCGUCAGAACAGCUUAUCACAGGCUGGAAGCGUCUACCUUGGCAGCCCGCCCCACCUCAGUCCUGUCCAGUCCUCCACUAGCCCAAGACGAGGGAUCCGACUUCCUCCGGUUCAGCAUCCACAUCACCCACAAAAUGAAAUGUUCUCUCCAAGCAAUAACAACAACAUGUACUACUCAGGUCAGAUAAACAUGGAUCUAGAGAAACACAUGGACCCCCAGAAUGGACCUUGUCACAAUCAGCAGCACAGUAUGGCAACAAACUUAGACCCAACAGGUGGCACAAAACCUGUCCCCAUGCCUCCUUAUCCUGAAUCUGGCCCCAUGUCCAAUGUCUUAGAGAACCUGGACCUGGACAAUGCUCGCAUAGACUUCACCUCCAUCAUUGAUGAUGCAGAUUCCUCCUCUUUCAGCCCAAUCAACAACCCCAUUCAGGGCCAGCCAGGGUCUUCCUCCCAGGCAUCAUCUCGCCUCACCACCCCCCAGACUUCUGUCAGCCUAGCUGCAGGCUCCGGCCUGUCCAACAUGGCUGUGGGGGACAUGACAUCUAUGCUUACCUCACUGGCUGGGGAGAAUAAAUAUCUGAACACGCUGUCUUAGACGAAAACGUUUGGUAUCUUAUCUCAUACUAAUAAUCAAGUACAGACCAUGGCCAGUUCUUAAGGUUAAAAUUGAGAUCACACCUGGAAAUGUAUGAAGCCCACUGUCCAGGAUAACAAACUUUAGGUUUUAAACACUAAAAUCCUGUCACUUGUGGUAAAUUUACCAGGUACUUUGAAAAAAAGCCAAGUUAGGGUGACUCAGUUAAGCUGUUGAGAACAAUGUAUGUCCCAGUAACCCUCAAAUAUAAAUCAAUUGCAUUAACCUGCAUAGAUUUAUGACUUGGCCAAGGGUCUCUUGCCACUGGAUACCCAUGAGGAAUUCCAAAAGGAAUAAUGGCAUAGUGUUAUGGGUUUCCUCUCCAAGUUUAGACUAAUUUACCUAUAAAACGGGUCUCAGAUUUUAAGAAUCCCCACCCAAACCCUUAAAACCAAAGGUGCCUGAUUAACCUCCUUUGCUGUAUUGUUCUUUCACUGCCCUGGUACAUGGUAUUGACCUGGAGCGAUAUGCCUGAUAUGAAACUGGUACUGAACUUUUUCCAAACAGGCAUUCCAGUCACAUAGGGCUGUAGAAACAGUGGAGCUGAGAAGGAGACAUGUAAAUACGUUUUAUAUACAUUUAUAUAUUUUCUGUAUAUGACAAUGAGAUAGUGGAUAAAUCGUCCCCUGUCUUGUUAUAGACUGCUUGGAUUCUGAAGGCCAAUGUUCUGAUGGGAUGGUUGUAUGAAAAGCUGAGUGAAGACUAAAGACGUGCUUUUAGUGACUGAGGAAUAAUGUCUCGGUGCUACUAAACAUUAAUCUUUAAUGCUAGGGAUUUCUUUCUUGUCAAGAACAAAACACUUUUUAUGUUGGCAAAUCAGUAUUCCAACACAUGCACCAGUGCAGUCACAGAAACAAAUAUAGCCUACACACAAACACUCAGGACUUAUUGGUGUUUGAAUCUUUGGUGUUUAACUUACAUCUAUGUUGUAAUUGCCUUUCCAGACAGAGAGUUUGCACUCCACAUGUUUACUGUAAGUGUUCUUAAAGCAGCUGUGUACAUUUUUCCCAAGUGAUGUUUAAAAAUGCAAAACAGAAAGGGCAUGCUCUUUCAAAGGUACAUAUAUAGGGGAUAAUAUGUUAAGCUUAAAUAUAAUAACAUGUCCAACCCCCCCUCUGCAUUAGAGCUUGUUUGAAAUAUUCAGACAUCAUGCCUUCGCAUGGCAUUAACCAGGACUUAUGACUCUUACACGACUCAACUGAGAAUGACAGCUGUUUGAUCUAAACCCAAGUCAGCUGGUUUGUGUAUUACCAUAUCAGUAGAAGUAAUCGCUUUGAUUUGAGAAAAUGAGGUACAUAGUAGUAGUACAGUGCUUCUGCAGCUCUAAUCCCAAAGAGGAGUUAUUUUGAAAAUUCUUCUCACUUAUUCAAAACAGGGAAUCUAGAAGUGGGAAUUUAACAGUUGCUGCCACUGUAGUAAAAUGCAUAUUGUGCUAUUUUUACACUGAGGUACUCUUUAGUAACUAUUGAGCUAUAUCAUAUGGAAAGUUGCGGCUCUUGGUAGGAGAACUAAUUUUACACUGUGGCUUUGCACUGAUUACAGCACUGUGCGAAAAGGUCUAUGUCUCCUGCGACUAUUCACAUGAUCCCCAUUUGAUCAUUAAAUAAGAACCAUGACAGUGUUUUUAUCAAUCAUUCAAAUACUCAUUUGAGCACAUUUAGACUCACAAAGGCCUCAGUUGAGUUUUGCUGUAGCGUUUUGUGACUUCGCAGAAUAAUGUAGUAGUGCCACUUUAAUCUACAAAGCAUUAAUAGGAAUAAACAUUUCUUCAUUUUGGAAAAAGUGGACAACUUACCAAAGACACCUUAAAAGAAUAGAGAAAAAAGAUGCACAAAUAGUCUACUUUAACAAAACACAAAUAAAAGCAAUAAGGGCAUGAACUAUGACUGAUAGUGCUUUUUUCCUUAAGAAUGUAUGAAAUGUUUUGUACGGCUAUCCUUUUAUAUUAAUGAACUUUUUGGACGUUGCCUUCUACAUUUGUUUGUGUGUGUGUGUUUUGUAACUGUCAUUCUUCAUUCUGUCUUUUUUGCUGGCAAAAGAAUAUCCCCUUUAGCAAAAGAAAGCUAUAAUAGUAGCAUUAACUAUAAUAGACAAAAGCCAAGUGUUAUAUUUUGUGUACAAUUUUCUACAUUUUUAUACAAAUGUGCUAUAUUUUACCAGUUUAUGAAUAAACAUGUUCAGUGGGAUGAAUUC